GGCUUUCGGAGUGCGUGUAGUUCAAAGGGCGUGUUUGUGGGUUUACGGCUUCACGUGUGAGGAGCACACCCUGAAAAGGGAAGCCCCAAUUGUGAAGCCUUUUGCUCCGAACUCCUCCCAUACAAUUUUCAUACAUUCGCUCAUCAACCUACGUUUCGUUUACCUUCCCCAACUUCUUUACCUUCCCAUCUCUCUGCCUGGCAUCGAUCUGAAGGAAGAGAUCGAUCCAACCGUCUCGGAUCGACUUUCUUCCUCGAGGGUUCUUCAUUUCAUUCUUUCUCAGGAAAUAAAAGCAAUGGCUGAUGACAAAGGCGUUGGAGAAAGUGAAAGCAAACAGACAAGUCCUACUGCCACUGCGAAUAGAAAGAAGCGCCAGGGAUUUAUUUCCCGAAUUUGGAAUGGAAUAUUUAGAUUACAUGGAGAUGAUUUUGAAAAGAGACUGCAAUACAUUUCUAAAGAAGAAGCUGCUGUUUUGAGUAGAAUGAACAGGAGAUCUCAAUCUUGGAGGCAAAAAACUCGGCAUCUUAUUGUGUUUUCGGUUAUAUUAGAGGUCAUUGCUGUAGGUUAUGCUAUUAUGACGACAAGAUCAGUGGAUAUGAAUUGGAAGAUGAGGGCAUUCCGGGUCUUGCCAAUGUUUCUUUUGCCCGCCUUAUCAUCUGCUGCUUAUUCAGCAGUUGUCAGCUUCGCAAGGAUGUGGGAUCGCAGGGACCAGAAAAUUCUUGAAAGGCUUCGAGCUGAAAGGCAAGCAAAAAUUGAUGAACUUAAAGAGAAGACAAAUUAUUACACUACUCAACAGCUCAUUCAGAGAUAUGAUCCAGACCCAGCAGCAAAAGCAGCCGCAGCAACUGUUUUGGCAUCUAAGUUGGGUGCAGAUUCAGGCUUGAAAGUUUACGUUGGGGAUGAAUCAAGCCUUAGUGCUUCAACAGGGAUGAGCAAUGAUGUUGAUCUUGUACAAGCUAGUGGACUUCGAAAUCGAAAACAAAUGCAGUCUAGAUAUACUACUCCAGGGACAACUACACCAAAGCAUCCUGAUCAACAAUUAGCUGGUACUGGGGAAACUGAAGAAGCUCCAACUUCUGAGCAUAACCAGCUUGUAGUUGUUGAACACCACCAGCCUCAGAGUUCAUCCACGAAUGAUGGAGGAUGGAUUGCUCGAAUUGCAGCAUUGCUUGUGGGUGAGGAUCCAACGCAGUCAUAUGCACUUAUAUGUGGCAACUGCCAUAUGCAUAAUGGUCUUGCUCGGAAGGAGGAUUUCCCUUUCAUCACUUACUAUUGCCCGCACUGUCAAGCCUUGAACAAGCCUAGGAAUUCAGAUGAGGGUGUCUCUGCUUUAAAUUCCCCAAAAAUGGAGUUUCGAAAAGCAGACGUUGUUGAGGCAGUUAAUAACACCUUGAAUUCUGCUGGUGACAGCUUGGUCACCAAGAAUAGUCCCGUUAAUUCUUGUGCCGAGAUUGAGGAAAUAUCUGAAAGGCCAGAUUUGGGGGAGAAAGCUAGCUGAAUGAUGGCCUUAUGUGGAUUGACCUGUGUGGUGUUCUUUAACGGGACAGUGCUGAGAUAUUACUUUUAAUUUUUAUAUUUUUGGUCAUCAAUUAUACGUAGAUUGUAUGUGUUGCUUGUAACUUGCAAUUUUGACAUUUUGUUAAAUAGUUGUGCAGCUGUUCUCUGGUAUCUUCCGAGCUAAAAUUUGGAUUGUACGAAAAGAAUUUCGGUUAACAAAGUUUAUAUUCUUUUGUUUGA